AUGCAAUCGGCGGGCGGCCCCGGCUCCCUCCCCUCCCCUCCCCCGGUGAAGUCACGGCUUGGCAGCGCCGGGCACCCCCGCGCCCCGCUCGGACGGGGGAGGAGCAGCGCGGCCUCGGCGGGCGGGCGGCCCGAGGAGGGCGGCGGCGCCAUGGGCCCGCCGGGGAGGGCCGGGCCGGUCCCGGUCCCCGUGGUCGCUCCCGGCCCGGGGGCGGGGGGAGCGAGGCCGCGCCGGGGCGGCUCCGGGGGCGUUUGGCGGCGGGGCGGGAGCGCUCCCGGCCGAGGGGCAGCCGGAGAGCGCGGCCCGGGAGCGCCCGCGGAACCGCCCGGGGGAGCGUCUGGGCAGAUGUGUCCGGUUCCCGGCGAAUUUCCGUAG